AUGCUGCCCCUGGUGUUGGCUGCCGUGCCGGUGCUCAUAGAGCUCUUCUGGGCGCUUGCGGCGGCAUCCGUGGUGCUGGCGCUGUUCCCUUUGCCGGGGCUGGGCCUCUUCAGAUCUGCAGUUUUGCUAAGCGCAGCGAGGGGAAAGACAUGGCAGUCAAGGCCUGCUGUGCUGGGCCGGUUCAAGGACAUGUCUGUCCCACAUGACUGGUUCUGGCAUUUCUAUGUGGCGGGCUCCUUUUCAAAUACACUUUUUCUGUAUUUGAUUUCCUGGCAUUGGAGCAGUGGGGGGCAUCUGCACAAUGCAGCACAGGUGUUGUGCUGUGUUUCCAUUUCUUCUCCAAUUUCAUUUGCUUCUCUAACAAAUCAGUGCCCCUCACCCCAAGCUAAGAUGAUGCAGUUUAUGUUGUUUGGCUUUGCAGAUGUGGGGAAGGAUUCAGGCAAACUCCAUUGUUUGUAUCCAACUUCCCUUCUGAUUUGA